GUGGUGAGAAGGAGAGUGAGAGGAGUGGGUGGUGUAGGGACGGAAGAGGAUGAGGUAGUGGAGGAGGAGGAGGGAGAAGAAGAGGCAACCAGCAUGCCAGUUGAAACAGCGGUAGAUGUGACUUCAGCAACAGCAGCAACAGAAGAAGAAGCAGCAGGAGCAGCAACCGCACCAGCAGCAAGAACAGUAUUUACGCAGCCGCCAACAGCAGCAGCAGCAGCAGCAGCAGCAGCAGCAGCAGCAGGAGCAGCAGGAGCAGGGACGACACCAGUAGCAGCAGCAGCAGCAGAAGCAGCAGCAGUAGCAUCCGUGCUGCUGGCAGCGCUGAAGCAGACGGCAGCAGAGGAGCAGCAGAAGGGCCUGGGUGUCAGCUCCAGCGUCAGCUUCCUCCCUCUGCGCGCCUCCCCCCGCGCUGCCGCUAGCAACAAGCAAGCUCGGGCGCAGAUCCAGGAGGACUCAGAAGGGGACCUGACACGUGGUGGAAUGGAAACAAGUCAGCCGGGUAACCAGGCUGCCACAGCUGGUACGAAUCCGUUUGCUGGCGGGAGCACUGUAGAGGGACUGUCCGUCCCCUUUACAAUCACUAACCCGUUUAUAUGCAGCGGGAAUCUGUUUGAAGCAAUGCCAAGCAAUGAUCGCAAUGCUGCAAACGGUGCUGGUUAUUUUGGCGAAGUGGGAGUCAAAGCUGCUGGUUACCCUGUUCUGUUACCUGACACCUGCGCCAGUGGCAUCCCCACCAAUCCAUUCCUUGCAGCAGCUGCAGCAGAAUCCGAGCAGCAGGGGCAGCUGGGGCAGGCUCUACCUGCGCAGGUUCCUUCUGAGCAGGUUGUAUCUGACCAGGUGCAUCUGGGGCAGGUGCUACCCUCAGGGCCUGUUUCAUCUGGGCAGGUUCUAUCUGAGCAGUCUCCGUGCGCUGGCAUGAGCGGCAGCAAGACGCUUCCCCCGUCUCUUUGGCCCGCAUACCCCAUCUCUCCCCCUUCCUCUGCCCCUUCCCCUACUCCUGUACCCAGCCUCGCCCCUGCCGCUGCCCCUUCCGCCUCCCCCGCUCCUCCGCCUGCCCCUGCCCCUGCCCCUGCCCCUCCCCUCUCCCCCGCUCCUCCGCCUGCUCCUGCCCCUCCUCCUGCCCAAUCCGCUUCCCCUGCCCAAUCCGCUUCCCCUGCCCAAUCCGCUUCCCCUGCCCAAUCCGCUUCCCCUGCCCAAUCCGCUUCCCCUGCCCAAUCCGCUUCCCCUGCCCAAUCCGCUUCCCCUGCCCAAUCCGCUUCCCCUGCCCAAUCCGUUCCCCUGCCCAAUCCGCUUCCCCUGCCCAAUCCGCUUCCCCUGCCCAAUCCGCCUCCAUCCCAUCUUCUAUCCAGCCUCGCUCCUGCCUCUGCCCCUCCCCCUACCCCUGCUGCUGCCCCUUCGCCCGACAACAGUGGGGGCCAGCAUGGGUCAAGCAGUGCAGAGAAGAAGAGAGUGAGAUUCAAAGACAAAGCAGCAGAGGAGGGUGGAACUGAGGUGGGGGGAACUGGUGAAGGGAACUCAAGGAACGAGCAGGAUGCAGGAGGUUCAAGCGCUGGUGAUAAGUCAACGGCAGGUAGUAGCCAGUUGGGAGGUGGUAACCAGGCGAAACCUGGUAACCAGACAAGUGCAGGUAGCGUGAGGUCAGGCUCUCCUGGGAGGGUGGGAACUGGGCGGGUGGCACCUGCUCCCUCGGGCCUAGCACAGCGCAUAUGCUGGGUGCCUGGAGCUAAGGAGGAGAGCGAGCAAGGGGUAAAGGAGGCAGAAGGAAGGGACAGGAAGAGCCGAAGUGAUGAUAGCCGUGGCUGCUGUACCAGCAACAGCAGCAGCAGCAGCAGCAGCAGCAGCAGCAGCAACAGCAGCAGCAGCAGCAGCAGCAGCAGCAGCAGCAGCAGCAGCAGCAGCAGCAGCAGCAGCAGCAGCAGCAGCGGUGUUCCGAAGCUGCUAGUUCCCUGUCCCCCUGUCACCCCUCGAAACAGCUCACCCCCUCCCGUCAGCCGGAGUAAGGCUGCAGGGGGGGCGGCAGGAGGGGCAGCAGCGCGGGUAGCAGCAAAGGCAGCGCUGUCUAGGAAGCCUCUGGUGCUGCUGGGAAGGAGUAGCAGCGCCAGUAGUGCUGUGGGUGGUGGCUCUGGUGCUGCUAGUGGUAGGAUUGGUGCUGCUGCUAGCAAGAGUGGUAACAGUAGCCCUACAGUUGAAACGAGUGGUAGGGAGGAAGCAAAAGGAGUUAAGGACACUGGUGCUGGGAGUCAUGUGCGCAGCAGCAGCGGCGGCAGAGGUGGUAACCCUGUAACUGGCGUGGAUCAGUGGACGACUGGGGAGGCAGAUAGCAGUGAUGGAGGAACCACCAAGCCCAGUUCUGGCCAGCCAGGGAAGGUCUGCCACCUACCAGGCUCCUACAGGAAGCCUCGCACCCCUCCCAACCCCUCUCAACCCUCUCCCACCCCUUCCCCUUCCGCCACAAUUUCCCCCCCUUGCAACCACACCCCCACUCCCAACUCCGCCCCUGCCCCCCCUUCCCGCCCGUGCUCCCCCUCCCCCUCCUCCGCCCUUCUCCAAGCGCUUUCCCCCCAUAGGUCCCCGGGUAGGGUGUGGGGGGGCAUGGGGAGGAGGGGGUAUGAGGUGGGGGGGCUGGAGGUGUGUGGGAGUGAUGGGGAUGAGGAGGAUGGGGGGGGGCAGGCUAGGACAGGUGCGGAGGAGUGGGAGAAGGAAGGGAGUGUGGUGGGAGAGGGGAGUGUCGUAGGGGAGAGUGUGGUAAUGAGGGAGGAAGAGAUAGUGGUGUGUGGAGGAGAGGGAGAGGGGAAGGUUGGGAUCAGGGGUGUGGAGGGAGGUUCAGGGAAGGACGAGGGGGCGAUGGUUCUAAGGGGGAACGGGGGAAGAGUGGCAGGAGGCGGAGUGGGUGAGGUGGAGGGGGGAGGAAAGCCCAAGGGUAAUUUACCCAGAACGCCUUCCCCCCCUGCAGGCCCGAAGCCAAGCUCUUCCGGGCGAGGAGGUAGAGGAGGGGCUGUGGCCGCCGCAGCAGCAGCAUCAGGAGCAGCAGCAGGAGGAAUGGCGGGUGGGAUUGUGGGGAGAGUGGGCAUGGAGACUGGAGAGGAGAGAGGGAGGCGUGGGAAGGAGAACGCAGGGGAAGGGAGGUCAGGAGUGGAGAGGGCUCAAGGGAGCAUGCUAGGAGGGGGGAGUCCGGUACGAAAAGGGAGUCCCCCCCGUGUUCCCUCCCCGCCUGCUGGGCCCCGCCCCAACUCCCCCCUGGGACAGCUGAACGCCAGGAGGAAGGCCUCUGGAGUGGCAAGGUCGCUUACAGUCACACUCGAUAAGAGCAUGUCCCUGCCCUUGCCCAAGGAGGGAACCAUUGUCAGCAGCAUUAGCAGAAGCAUCAACAAUACCCGCAGCAGCACCAACAUUGCCACCACCCGUUGCAGCAGCAUCAAGAGUGAGAGCAACAGCAGCAGCAACGGCAAAAACCCCCUGCCUUCCUCCUCUGAGGCCCACUCUGCCUCUGCUUCUGCAGGGAGACAGCUGGCAUCACAAUCACCUCGAGAGCCUGCACCACUGAGUAGAAGCGCACUAGGAAGGCCGGCAGCAGCGCCCCCUGCUGCUGGAAGAACGGCCACGUCACCUUGGAAAGCCGCUGAGGCGUCUCAAAAAUCUCCUGGUGGCACGAAGUCAGCCACACAACCCCAGAGAUCUGCCUUUGGCCGCUCGUCUGCCGGCCCACCUGUGCGGUCUAAGUCUGGUGGUUCCCCCAGCAGGCAGCCUUCGCCCCCUGCUGCAGGCAAAGGCAAGCGGCCGGCGUCGUCUGUCUCCGUCUGCUCUGCUAACUCCAUCGGCUCGAUUGCUUCUCCUUGCUCUCCCUCCACUGCUGCUGUUGGUGCUGCAGCUGCUGCUUCUAGGAAGGCUGAGAGCGAGGGUGCACUGGCCUUCACCUACAGCAUGGUUGAUGAUGCUCUGGUUACCAGCAGCAGCAUCCGCAGUAGCGCAACCACCACCAGCACCGGUGCAAGCAGAACUAAGAGUGCUGGAGCCAUUGCGGAUGGUAUUGGUUGUUCUGGGAGUGGCAAUGCUGCGAAGGGGCGUCCUGAUCUUCAAGAUGAAGGCAAGGGCCAUGGCAGUGUGAGCAACAGUGGGGGUGACGAGAAUUGUGCCAGUGUGUGACAUCAGCGGUCGACAUGAAACCUUAAUUUGGACUUCAUGCUUGCGUCCCGCCCACUCAGUGGCCCUCGUAGCGCGAUUAGGCAUACAGGCUAGUAUAUACGUUGAGUAGAUAUCAUAAGUAGGGAGCUUUUGUUAGCACCUUAUUUGUUGGAUACACAUACACCCCUAACGGGUACUUUUGUCAGAGGCUC